AUGGCCCGCACGGGCUCACGACGCUAUCCGAUGAAGGUGCAAGCACUGAGCAGAUCCUCAGAACAUGCCUACAUUUCUGUAUCUUUGUACGAUUUUGUCAUUAGUGAAGCGGCUACACACUGGCGGAAGGGCGAUGAGGAAUCAUCUUCAGAGGAGGUUGAUGAGGAGACAACGAGCGGCGGUGAGGGGGAGGAGGAGUCAAAAGAAGUGAAGGCCAAGGGGGUUAGCCACCUCAUCGAAACUAAGAAUCCCAAUCGGACGGGUGCCGUGAAAAAUAUCUUCGAUGAAACGGCCCCAAUGUCGCGACGAGAA